AUGAUGCGGAAUGACGGCCCCUCGCAGUUCAGGACCGAUUCGACACCGCCCUUCAUCGUCGAGAGUUCGAUAAGGGUCGUUUCGGAUGAUCCUGGGGCAACACGAGAUGAUUACGAUGGGACCAGAAGUAAUCGGUCAGAUGGGGCGUACUGGGCCCACAGAGCGGGACACUUUGGCCCGAUGUCGAUGACCGAGGUGACUAGAGACAACGUCGCAGCGCGGGAGCUGGGUGCGAUCGAGCCGACGACGUCGACGUCGACGACGACACCUUCAAGUAGCACGAGUUCACCGGCUCAAGGUUCAGCCACCAGCUCGGAUACGAUACAGCACCAGCACCUUGACGAAGAUGACGACCCCAUCAUUGAAGUCGUCGAACCAACUUGGAAAGCCGUGCCUCUUCGACCUAGGAAGCAGACGCGUUUCGAGAGGGCCGAAGAGCGACGACGGCAGAUGACGGGGGAGGAAUGGUUGAUUAGGGAGAAGAAAAGGAGGAGGACGACGCUCGGGUUGAUCGUGGGGGUUUGCGGAACGGUUGUGGUGGGAACGGUGGUGAUUUGUGCGAUCUUUGUAGCCCAGAAACGGAGGGGUGGGGGCUGA